GGACGCCAUGGAAGUCAUCGUCUCACUCCCAUCACAUAUACAAUUUGUCCGACGGCUCAGGCAGCAGGUUUUCAAUAAGCAGCAAUUCGAUCCGACGAUUUCGAAAUAAAACCAACCAUUCGUGUUGCCUAACAGGCAAAUACGCUAAAUCAGAGCGAAGGGGCCGAUUCAAACCCCUUCUCAGGUUCCCAGUCAUGGAUGGAACUUGACAUCUUUCCUGCCUAUUCGUAUCUCGCAACAAACCCGAACAUUCCCGUAAUUCUAACCGCCUUGCCCCUUCACUACCACCAUGGUUAACUUGGAAUGGAACCAUUUCGGUCCGAUCCCUCCAAUUGAGGUUGAGGCCAUAAUUGAAGCCGAGAAAUUCUGUCGGGAACUCGCCGAGGCCUUCCCGGCCUUCGCGGCCGAUUUCAAUGGCAAAUUCACAGCAUGGCAGAAGAAGUGGUUUGACCCCGAGCGCCCAGCAUCAUCUAGUGCCCUAGAGCGCUGCGAACUGCCAGAGUACGACCCUCUCCUGUUCUUGGGGCCCAAGACAAUACCCCUCGUAGUAUUCGAGCUGUCCAAGCCCGGGAACUUUAUCGCCACCACCCUGUACAACCACCUAGAGACGGACAAGCACGCCAAGGUCGACCCAGAAGACGUCCUCAACCACCUCACCCUCAACCGCCACGCCAACCUGGUCGUCGAGCUGAACCGCGAGCGCCGCCAGCGCGCCCGGGUGCACAUGGAAGCCUGGAAGGCACGGCGCGCCCAGAACCUCACCAACCCCCCCUCCUCCUCAUCGGAAGAGAGCAGCAACACCCCAGCAGCAGCAGACCCCGACACGGCCUGCCCGGAGUACGACGCGCUCGUGGCGAUGGGGUCGGGCAUCAUCGCCCACGUCAUGCUCGAGUACAGCCGGGACCGGGCCGGGCCCUGGCACAAGCUGAUGCACCAGCUGGUGUGUGAGAGGCCGGCGAUGGAUGUAGAUGGUGGUGUGUCACUGGGGGGAGGAGGAGGAGAGGGCGAGUAUGAGCGGUGGCGGGAUUGGUUCGAGCAUCAGGAGCAUCAUGAGGCGAGCGGGGGGCUGACGCCGGGGUAUUUGAGGAAUUGUGGGACGUGGUCGUGAUUGUUGGUAGGGUUGUAAAAAGUGUAUUAGUUUGGAAUGGCGUUGAGAGAGGAAUGUAGCAUAUAAAAGGGGAUUAAGACAUGUCUUGAACUGUAACGUAACCCUAACCCGGGGAGCCCCGGUAUGUCUCAAAACAACAAGGGGCGGGUACCAACGGCCCAAAACCGGGUUGAGUUCAGU